AUGGCGGCCGCCAUCGUCGGCUGGGUAACUGAGUCUGUCCGGGAGAUUUUGCAGAUCUCUGGGCUGAAUCUGCAGUCUUUUCUUGUCUUCUGUGCGGCCUUUAUCCUGGCGUGUUUCAUCUUAAAGCCCCGCAGAAACCUGCCUCCCUACCCGGCAGGACGUGUGCCUGUUCUCGGGCACCUCCUCGCCUUGGGCCGAGCGCCUCACCUCAAGCUGACGGCGUGGAGGCGGCAGUACGGGGACGUCUUCACCGUCAGGAUGGGGAUGGAAGAUGUGGUGGUUCUGAGCGGCUACACUGCCGUCAAGGACGCGCUCGUGGACAGGUCCGAGCUGUUCGCCUCCAGGCCGGCAGUUUACCUGGCUAAUACAAUGCUUGGUUUUGGAAAAGACAUAGAUUUUGCACGCUGGGGACCCGAGUUCAGACAGAGAAAGAAGUUUGCCACCGCCGUCCUAAAGAAACUGGGCAUGAAGAUCGGAACUGGCAGCAUUGAGGAGAAAAUCCGAGAGGAGGCGAGCUAUCUCCGCAACACGAUUGCAGAAUACAACGAGAACCCCUCUAACAUCGCUUAUGACGUCACUGUGGCUUUCGCCAACGUCAUCUGCUCUAUGCUAAUGGGGAAGCGGUAUGACUACAGGGACAAGACGUUCAGGGAACUGGCAGACGCGGUUUUCGUGGCCAUGGCUGAAGCUGGAGCUGGGCAGAUCAUAGACGUUUUCCCCUUGCUACGGUUUGUUCCUGUCGUGAAUAGAGCCGGCAUCAAUGCGUUGAAGGAGUCCUCCAAGAUCCAAAAUGUGAUAAGACAGGAGAUAUCUCGCCAUUGCGAGAAUCUGGAUCGUGAGAACCCGCGAGAUUUCAUCGACUUCUGCCUGUUGGAGGUUGAGAAGCAGGAAAAGGUGGAGGGUCUGACGGAGGAGAACGUCAUGUACAUGGCCCAGAACCUCUUCUUUCAAGGAGUUCACACAACCGCCUACGCACUGAUGUGGAGUCUGCUGUACAUGACUUUGAACGCCGAUAUCCAGAAUAAGGUGCAGCAGGAGCUUGAUGCCGUUGUUGGUGAGGGUCUGCCCACCCUGUCCCACCGUUCCCAGCUGCCCUACGUGAACGCCUGUCUGCUGGAGGUCAUGAGGAUCCGGCCCGUUGCACCUCUCGCGGCUCCCCACUUCACCACAGAGACGGUCAAAAUGCGGGAAUAUGACGUAGCUAAGGACACUCAGGUGCUUGUUAACCUGUACUCCCUCCACACGGACCCCGCCUACUGGCCUGAUCCGGACCGGUUUGACCCCGGAAGGUUUCUGGGCGUGGAAGGGAACGUCAUCAACAAGCCUGAGUCUUUCCUGCCUUUCGGAGGAGGCCGACGUGCGUGUCUUGGGGAGCAGCUGGCCAAGAUGGAGCUUUUCCUGUUCUUCUCGACCCUGCUGCAGUCCUUCACCUUCAGGACGCCAGAUGGCGCUCCUCCUCCAAACACUGACGGCGCCUUUGGUUCGACCUUGACCCCGCACCCGUUUGAGCUCUGUGCGAUCUCGCGUUAG